GACUAUGCCGGAGAGAAACCCGGGCUGGACGUGACCAGCCGGAGGGCAGAGCAGGGAGAGGACCUAGAGAGAACGAACAAGGCGAAAACCAUCCACACAUAGUUAGUUUCUCUCCAGCGAUAAAAGUUUCCCUGGAACGCCGGAAACUUUUUUCCUGCGCGCGCAGUCUGGGACGGAGGCGAGCGGCGGGUGUGCGAGGUUCGGCUCGGCUCGGGUGACUCACGCCGGGGACCCCAAGGGGGUGUUGGCUGAGAGCAGGAUUUUAGGAUAGCCCAGUAGCAGCGUUGGGAGAAGCCUUUUCUGCAGGUGGCUAGAAACUUCUGGUCCUCAAGACGCAGCUGAAUCCUCACCUGGACUUAUGACUCGAGGUCUUCCUCCCCUCCUGCCCAUUGAGUUCCACAAGAUGGGCUCCUUCCGCCGGCCUAGACCACGAUUUAUGAGCUCCCCUGUGCUCAGUGAGCUGCCUCGCUUCCAGGCUGCCCGGCAGGCUCUGCAGCUAAGUUCCAACUCUGCCUGGAACAGCGUGCAGACGGCGGUGAUCAACGUUUUCAAAGGGGGCGGCUUGCAGAGCAAUGAGCUGUACGCGCUGAAUGAAAACAUCAGGAGGCUGCUGAAGAGUGAACUUGGAUCAUUCAUUACAGACUAUUUCCAGAACCAGCUUCUUGCAAAAGGACUGUCCUUUGUGGAGGAGAAGAUCAAGCUGUGUGAAGGUGACAGUCGCAUUGAGGUUCUGGCUGAAGUCUGGGACCACUUCUUCACCGAGACUCUCCCCACCCUGCAGGCAAUAUUUUAUCCGGUUCAGGGACAGGAGCUGACCAUCCGACAGAUCUCCCUGCUGGGCUUCCGGGACCUGGUCCUGUUGAAGGUGAAGCUGGGUGACCUGCUGCUGUUGGCACAGUCCAAGCUGCCCUCAUCUGUUAUACAAAUGCUGCUCAUUCUGCAGAGUGUUCAUGAGCCCACAGGCCCAAGUGAGGGCUAUUUGCAGUUGGAGGAGCUGGUGAAGCAAGUGGUGUCUCCCUUCCUUGGCCUCAGCAGGGACCGCAGCUGCUCAGGCCCCACGUACUCACUGGCCAGGAGGCAUUCCAGGGUCCGGCCCAAGGUGACUGUCCUGAACUAUGCCUCUCUCAUGACCACAGUUGGCCGGCCAGUGAACGAGAUGGUCUUGACCCCCCUCACAGAACAGGAAGGGGAGGCUUACCUGGAGAAGUGUGGCAGUGUUCGUCGGCACACAGUGGCUAAUGCCCACUCGGAUAUCCAGCUGUUGGCUAUGGCCACCAUGAUGCACUCAGGGUUGGGGGAGGAGGCUGGCAACGAGGACAAGCACCUGCUCUUGCCACCCAGCUUCCCGCCACCGCAUCGCCAGUGCUCCAGUGAGCCCAGCAUACCCGAUAGCCCUGAUGAACUGGAACUAGAAGACGUGGCAAGCGGCAGCCAGGACGACUCAGAGCUGAACUGUGCAUCCCUCAGCUGAGCCUCCACCUCCAGGGACAGCAUCCCUGCUUUGUAGCCAGGAUGAACCCCUUCUCCUUCCCAGGAUCACCAAGGGGCUCUUGCUUUGGGCAACACUGCCUUUUCUUCAGGGCAUAAGCCAAGUCCUCAUGCCUCGAGAAACACGUGUACGGCUCCCCACUCUGGUGUCUGUGACCAGCUCCUCGUGCCACUGUUCUCUUGACUUCCAGCCUUGCCUGAGUCACCUGGAUCCUUGUCUCUGGGCCUUCCCCAUCCUAUUGGACAUGUCGAUGCUCCUAGUAUAUAAUGCUCUGGCAUUAUUAUAGCAGAAGGUCAGGCAACAUAUGGGCAUCUUGGAAUGGGCCAGACUUUGCAAUUCCCCUAAUGAUCCUGUGAAGCAGAAGCCAAUGGGUAGAAAGAACAGUAGAGGUUCUCUAGAGCAUGGAAGUCAACUGCUACCCAUGCCACACGGCCCUGGGAAUGUCCUCUCAUCACAUUAAUUGCAGAGUUCCUGGGAAAGUAUUGUCGUACUUGUGGGCAAGGGUCCAUCCUUACAUAUGUCCAGGCGUGUGCUGUCUACAUGAAGAGCUUUUGCCUAGGAGAACCUACCAGGCUGGUGUAGCCCUGUCUUGCAUAAGCCUCUGGGCAUGUCCCUCUCAGGCUUCACCCCAGAUUGCAGGAAUGAACUUUCUCAGUCAUCGGUGCCUUACUCUCCCUCCAGUUUCAGGAACUGACCGCUUUCCUGUUGGGUAUAUGAGAGGCUGCCUGACAGCAACUGACCUAGUCUGUACCUGGAUUUCACUUGAAUUUGUAAAAUGUGUAUUGCUAAAAAAAAAAAAAAAAAAAUGUUUGCAAAUAUUUGCACGUAGGAUCUUGCACUGUUCAUUUCCGGUGGUCUGUGUUUGCAGACUAAACACAAGGGGACCCCUUCAAAAGGUGACGGGAUAGCUCAGAACAAAUGGAUCAGUAGUGGGCAGGAAUUACAUACCUCAAGCUCUGUAAUAGCCAGUCUGGAACGGCCUGUGUUGUAAGUGUCUUGGUUUCUAGGGAAGGCCGUGCUGGAAUCGGGACUGCCUCCUGGCCAAGUAUAGUGAUUGGAGUGUGUCUGCUUUACAGUGGACGGAGAGAGGUGAGGACGUGGACACAUUUUAUUUGGAGGGAUGUUUAUUCCCUGAAAUUAUAGAAGUACCCAGAAGUGUCUGAGAUUCCUGUCACAUCUGUCUCAUGAUGCUAUCUGAGGCAGCUCUGUUACUGUGCUGGGUCCUUACUACAGAUUAGGGAAGGGCAGGUUUUUGUCUUGAGUCCCUGGCUUCCUGUUCAUCUGUGGUCUUGCAAAUAGAAACUCAGAACAACAUAGAAGGUUUCUCCUGAGGCUGCUCAUGGUGUGUGCUGGCCUUUCAGGAUCUGCUCAGUCUUUGGAAAUUUUGUUGCUAGGAUUUCAAUGCAUAAGUCAGCAACAGGAGAAAAGGCCCUUAAAGUCAUCUAAGCUUCUGGGCCUGAACACAGGUCUGAACACAGCUGUGCUUUUGAUGGGUUCUGCUUUAGAAAUCGUAGUUUUUAAGCUGUUUAAAUUUUGUCCUUCCAAGAGAAAAUGACAAAGGAGGAAUGUCAACAUGUGUGCACAGACUGCUUAUGCGCCUGCACCCAUACAAGUGCACACAGUGUUUGAAGCCAUACACGCACGCACACGCACACACACACACAUACCACAUACACACCACAUACACAAAGAGAAAUGUUCAGAUUCCUUUCAGAGUUUCAAACAAAAGAAUCAUCUGCCUCUGUGUGGUGUCUAAAGUCUACAAGUGUGGGGGCUGGAGAGAUGGCUCGGUGCUCGUGAGCACAGGCUGCUCUUACAGAGUCCAGAAGACGUGAUUUCGUUCCCAGCACCUGUUUCAGGCACUCACAGCCACCUGUAACUCCAGUCCCUGGCAUUCUGAUGCCCUCUUCUACGCUCUGAUGGAAGCUGAGUGCACUCAAAAAAGUGCGUGCGUGCAAGCAUGCACACACACACACACA